AUGACAUGGCAUACCGCGACUCGAAUUUACGACACAGAGUUACGAGAAGAGGACCAAGCAAUUUUGGAGGCACUGAUGAAAUGGGAAGAUCUCGAUAAUGACAACAACCCCAUGGGUAUCCCAAACUGGGCAAGAUUCCGAAAUAAGAAGAGGAGCUCGGAUGAUAAGGAUGACAAAGAUUCCGAAAACAGUGAGGAUGAGGAUUCAGAUGAGGAAAAAUCAGUCGAAGAAGAAAUGGGAGAGGAUCAAGACUUUGGCGAUAUUCUCACCUCCCUGGAAAACAAACCUGACCAGUACAACAACCUCCUCAAGAAAAUGGAUGGCGAGAGAUGCUUCGGAGAUACAAAGUACUAUUGUCCCGUUACCUUCGUGGAAGAAAAUCUCCUCCGGAAAGGGUCACCCCAAUUUGCAGCCAAGUAUCGAUAUCGCCUCUACUAUUGUGCGGAUGAGGUAACGCUACAAAAGUUUCUGAACAACCCGAUGAACUAUUUGUCAGAAGGGGAGCCACAUUCUCCGCCCCCACCACGGAUUUGCAUUACGGGGUCGCCCGGUUGUGGUCAAGAAGCUGUUGGCCUCCAACUCGCCAAGCAGUACAACAUUUGCUACAUAAACUUCCGACAAAGGCUGCAUGAGUUGACGAAAGCCAGAUUGGGACGGGAAGUCGGCCCCAACAAGACGGGCGACAUUGUGACUCGGUACGAGAGUGAGAAGCUCAUCUCAAAAUGCAAGUCUGGAGACGAUAUCAUCAAAAGAAAGAACAAGAAUACGACCGAAGUGAUGAAUGAGGAUGGAGAAGUGAUCAGCGAGCAGGAAGAGGAGGUUGAAGAAGACACCGAAUAUGACGAGGAGGAGGAGGAGGUAGCAAAAGUAGAAGGCCAGGAAUUAGACGAUGAUGACGAAGACGACGACAUCGCUCGUAAAAUUACACGCGACUCAAAGCUUACGUUGCACCCAGUCCUUGACGAGACUAAAUCCGAAGAGCUCAAAAUCAACGAGGCUGCUCUUCGAAGUCUUGGACUUUUAGAGGCUGCUGACCUCAAAACCGUUCCCAUCGGAAGUGUCGAACGCACAGAAAGAUUGACGGAGAGGAAGUGGAAAAAAUUGACGAAAAUUGAAACCUACGCUCAAGCCUUUCUCGAAAAUGGGAUCCAACUCCCCGACAUCGUCCUGGACGAGUAUGUUCUUCCCCUCUUUAAAGAAGCCCCAUUUAACCAGGUCGGCUUCAUCAUGGUUGGAUUCCCUAACACGGAUGAAGACAUUGCGUACCUCGUGAAGAGAAAUAUCCUUCCGGAAGCAGUCUUUGUCAUGGAAUGUGAACAGCUCGUGAUAAGGAAUCGUCUCCUUCGGGAUGCCGUAGAUAAGUGGCACAUUGAAAGAAAUCCGACCGGGCGGAAGAAAAAAAGAUUGAGUCAGAUUCACGGGAAUAAAAUUCUUCCUCUGUCAAAGUCGAGAAUGCGGAUUGCGCUGGGUACUGCCGGAAGUGGAGACUUUCACCAGACUGGUUUCGAGUAUCAGAGUGAAGGGCGUCCAGUCAUUGACGAGUACGAGGAGGAAACUUGGACCUAUAACGACACUAUUAGCUCAAUGAUAACGAUGGCGUUGAAGCACUAUCACACUAUUUUCAGCAAAGACAUCAGAACCAUGAAGAUGUCACUCAAUAAAAAUCGGGUCGACUGGUUAUCAAUUAAUACGAAUCCGGAUCUGUUUGGAGCAAAAAGCAAAUUGGAAAAAAUUAUGUCACGAUUGAAAAAUAGGUAGGAUGCAGAAAUUUAAUUUUUCUUAUUAAUAAGUAAUUAACCUAAAUAGUUGAUUAAACGCCACACACAGAUCUAGCAUGUUUGAGGAUACAGUCCGAU